AUGCCGGGUGAAGGAAUGGUUGAAGAGGAGGGAUACGUGGGGCAUGAGUGGUUCUUCAGAGAACUCAGGUCACAAGGUGGACCUGACAGGCUUCUUAUUUUGGACUGCCGUGCACACUCAGACUUCUUGGAAGCGCACAUCAGGAACUCAGUACCACUGGCCAUACCCAGCAUCAUGCUGAGAAGGUUAGCUGCGGGUAAAGUUGAUCUACUGGCUACCAUUAGGUGUCUCGAGCUCAGGAAUCGAGUCGAGGUUUUUUUGUACGGUGACGACGACAGGAGAGGUACAUUUGUACUGAUUGGCGAUUCGACAGACCCAGCUGGACACCAAGGAGAGACAAUACAGGUCUUGAGUCGUAGACUUAAAAGCUCUGGAGGCUAUGUUGUUACGCUCAUUGGUGGGUUUGGAGCAUUUAGAGAUCGAUAUCCAGAGUGGUGCGAAGGCAGCCAAGCUAAUGCUGAAGGACAACCGGGCCAAGAGAACAAUGUAGGCGAGUUAAUGGGCCUCAGAACUUUACGAAUUUCUACACCGCCCACAAGAGCUUACUCAGACUCUGACAGCGAUAGCACCUGUGAUUCUGUUGUAGGCCCAGAAGAGGACAAAGACUUUCCCGUGGAAAUUUUGCCGCAUUUAUAUCUUGGUAAUGCAGCAAAUAGUGAAGAUCACGAUUCAUUAUCUCGUCACAGAAUACAAUAUAUACUUAAUGUAACGGCUGAUUUACCAAAUGUAUUUGAGGAUGCUGGGUCUAUAAAGUACAUGCAGAUACCUAUAAAUGACCACCACAGUCAAAAUUUAGCAAGUUUUUUUCCACAAGCCAUUCAGUUUAUUGAAGAGGCACGUAGUUCAGACAAAGGAGUUCUAGUUCAUUGUUUAGCUGGUGUAUCAAGAUCAGUGACAAUAACAAUAGCUUAUCUUAUGCACAAAUGUAAUCUGAGUCUCAAUGACGCAUUCAACCUUGUGAGAAGUAGAAAAACAAACGUCGCACCAAACUUCAGUUUUCUGGAGCAGUUAUACAGGUUUGAGAGCGAAUUAAGAGAUCGAGGUGACCGCAAACGUAAUAAUCGUUGCAUUGGUGCUUGCCAACCUGGCGGGCCAUGCAAUUGUCCCGCACCGAGCUUCUUAAGUCCCGUUGACCUGGGGCCCAGCCCCGACUCGGGUAUCGAGUUCGACAAAUGGGCUGCGAGCACUCCUGCUGAAUGA